CCAGCCCGCCCAGCCUGCGCGGGGGAGGCGGGCGGCGGGCGCGGGGCGAGGCGGGGCGCCCACGCUGACGCGGCCCGCGGACCCGGACGGCGCCCCGCGCGGGCAGGAUGCUGCUCCUGAGGGGCUCCCGCUGGUGGCGCCCGCGGCGGCCGCCGACGCCCAGCGCCCCGGGCCGAGCGGGGCCGCGGCCGCCGACGCCGACGCCCCAGGUUUUGUGUGUGAAGCUGUGUGGAAGUUGGAAAUGCUAUCAAGCACAUUUUUACAGCACAGUGGCGCCACCUGAUGAAGUAACAGUUAGUUAUAGACAUGGCCUUCCCUUGAUAACACUCACUUUACCAUCCAGAAAUGAACGCUGUCAAUUUGUAGUCAAACCAAUGUUAUCAACAGUUGGUUCGUUUCUUCAGGACCUACGAAAUGAAGAUAAAGGUGUCAAAAAUGCAUCCAUCUUCACAACAGAUGGCAGUGAGAUUGCAACUUCAACCUUGAUGGGGUUUUUGCUAAUGAAUGAUUUUAAACUUGUCAUUAAUAAAAUAACAUACGAUGUACAAUGCCCCAAGAAAGAAAAACCGAGUAGUGAGCACACUACUGAGUUGGAAAAUAUGAAAUCCUUGGUUCACAGACUGUUUACAGCCUUGCAUUUAGAAGAGUUUCAGAAAAAGAGAGAGCACCACUUACUGGAGGAAAUUGACCACCUGAAGGGACAGCUGCAGCCCCUCGAACAGAUGAAAGCUAAAAUUGAAGCUCGCUCAGCAGCUAAAACCAGUGGACUCCUGUGGGCUGGAUUGGCGCUGCUGUCCGUUCAGGGUGGGGCAUUGGCCUGGCUCACUUGGUGGGUGUACUCCUGGGAUAUCAUGGAACCAGUUACAUACUUCAUCACAUUUGCAAAUUCCAUGGUCUUUUUUGCAUACUUUCUAGUCACUCGACAGGAUUAUACUUACUCAGCUAUUAAGAGUAGGCAUUUUCUGCACUUCUUUUAUAAGAAAUCAAAGCAACAGCAUUUUGAUGUGGUGCAAUACAACAAGUUAAAAGAAGAUCUUGCUAAGAGAGGAAGGAAGAGGGACAAAAAGCCAGAAACAUCGAUGAGAGAGAAACAUCGACCAGCUGCCUCCUGCACACCCCCCACCGGGGAUGUGCCCACAACCAAUGAACAUGCCCUUGACCGGAAUCGAACCCGGGACCCCUCAGUCCGCAGACUGACGCUCUAUCCACUGAGCCAAACCGGUUUUGGCGCAAUCAUGUUUUUUUAACAAAUAUAUUUUUAUUGAUUUCAGAGAAGAAGGGAGAGGAAGGGAAACAUCAGUGAUGAGAGAGAAUCAUUGGUCAGCUGCCUCUUACGCACUCUCCCCCCCGCCCCCCCCCCCCCCCCCCCAUUGGGAAUGGAGCCUGAAACCGGGGCAUGUGCUCUAACCGGGAAUUGAACUGUGACCUCCUGGUUCAUAGAUCGAAGCUCAAACACUGGGCCAUGCCAACUGGGCACACUAAUGUUUUUUUAAUGAAUAUCACCUGGGAACUGAAAAGGGUUCCCAGAUCCCAAUUCCUGUGUCUCGUAUUGUGACAUUUUUUCCUGCACAAAGUCAAGAGCCCACACAUUACCGGCCGGGCUGAGGCAGACCCAUACAGGGCCAGGCUCCCGUUCCAGUAACAACGGCACAUGGAUGCUUUCUGGUUCUCCAACAUGGAGGCUCUCCCCAAAAAAGGCCAACUGGUUGUCCUCUGGGUUUUUGGAUUUUUAAAUUGAUUUUUAGAGAGAGGAAGGGAGAGGGAGAGGGAAACAUUGAUGUGAGAGCAGAACAUUGAUUGGCUGCCUCCCAUACAUGAUUGGGAAUCAAACCAGCAGCCUCUUUUUUUUAAAUUUUUUUAAAAAUAAAUCUUUAUUGUUCAGUUA